GUCGACUACUAACCCUUUGAAGCAGGUACCAUUGGGGCCAACUGGGCUGGUUCUCCGGGCUGACACGUCAAUGCGGUCUCUCCGAGCUCUUGCAUGAAGCCCUCGCCCCCCUUCACCAUCGACAGCACACCUACCGGCUAACUUCGACAAUCCUCGUACCCGUGAGAUGUCCCGCGCCGCGCUCUCCCGCUCCGGGUCCAGGCGGACAUCCCCAGAAUUCCAGAACUCACCCGCCUUUCGAACCAAUUCCUCCGUGGCUAGGCAGUAUUCUCCGGGAGACAGUUCUGACGACGAAGUCCCCGAACCGAAAUUCAGCGCUUCCGUCAAGGCCCUGCUUGACGAAGAUGGACUCGAUGUGUCCCCGCGCCUUCGCGGCGAGCGCAUGGGAUCCUCUGCUGCCUCCAGCCAGGAAAGACGAUCUCGAGCGACUCCUCCUCAAGACCACUCGACCGGAAGUCCUGCGCCUCGCGUGGUUCGCCUUGCACCAUCAUUAAGCGGCAGUGGCGGCAGAUCGAGAAGGGAGGGAUCACUCCUCUCCAACAGCGAAAGUGCCGACCAGGAUGCAAGAACCAAUUCGAAUGAUUUCAUUACGCCCGCUCCUAGGCCACGCAGCGUGCGAAUCAAUGCAUCGCGUAGCCAUACACGCUCUCCCGCAUCCGUAUCCCCCUCUCAGAGACGCUCCGCCGAAAGGAGCUAUGUCGACGACCACGGAAGUGCGGAACGUUCAGAAGAUGAAAGGAAGUAUAGGUAUGAGGAUGACUACGCUCCUCGCACCGGUCCUUCAUCGGUAUUACGAACGCGAAACCCGGAGGAUAUCGGCAUGGCGAGCUCAUUGCGCGUCAAGCGAGUCGGACGACUCACUGGAACGUUUCUGAACGGCCCCGCAAGACGCGGUGUAUUACGACGCCAGAGUGAAGAAAAUAAUGAAGACCGAGACCUUGACGCGAAUAUCGACAACGCCGACUACCACUAUAAGAACACAGCGAAAUCUUCAUCACCCAAGGUAUCAUGGGCCGACCCAAGCCCACCUCUCAGAACCGAUGAGCACCGAUCCUAUGAUCGUGCAGAUGGACCUUUUUCUAGAUCGUCCUCACCGAAAUCCUAUGGAUCGCACUCGAAAUCGACACCCGGGUCUUCUUCGGAGAUGUCCUCCAAACCCUCCAGUUCGCAAGAACAGCCUGUGUUCAAAGUCCCUCUUCCGCCGACAUUGCCUUCUUCUAGAGACCAGGAGAAUGAGCCUCCACCGACAUUCAAGCGCGCCAAGCCUCAAGGUUUCAACUUGCUGGACAAGCCUGAGAAGCUUGCUGUGGUGUAUGGUGACGAGAAGAAAGAGCAUGGGGAGACACCUGCAGGGAACGGGAACUCCCCUAGAAAGAUCCUUGCAACUAGAAGUAAUAACACACCUCACAGACCGGCCCCUCCUCCUCCUAAGAUGUCCGUUCUUGAGACCGCCACUGCGACAGGAGGAGCUGCCACGGCAUCACAAUCACGGAAAAAGCGCAGUCAAGUUUCAGUCAACCACAAGCCCUUCACCCGGCUGGACUGCAUCGGUCGUGGUGGAAGUUCGAGAGUCUACCGCGUCAUGGCUGAGAACUAUAAGAUUUUUGCUUUGAAGAGAGUGAAUCUGGAGGACGUCGAUCCAACUACCUUGGCUGGAUACAAGGGUGAAAUUGACUUGCUCAAGAAGUUGGAGAAUCUUGAUCGUGUUGUUCGUUUAUUCGAUUGGGAGUUGAAUUCAGACAAGCAUACUUUGAGUGUUUUGAUGGAAAUUGGAGAGUCAGAUCUAGAGAAGAUCCUUACCUACCGCCUGAACGCGGAGGACGCCAGAUUCGACAUCAACUUUACCCGAUACUACUGGAAGGAGAUGCUUGAGUGUGUUCAAGCUGUCCACGAUCACAACAUUGUCCACUCUGAUCUGAAACCGGCGAACUUCCUCCUGGUUCAGGGCCGACUGAAGCUAAUCGAUUUUGGCAUCGCGAACGCCAUUCAAGAUAACACUGUGAACGUGCAUCGUGAACAGCAAGUGGGAACCCCGAACUACAUGUCACCGGAAGCCUUGGUCGACUCCAAUGCCUCACUUGGCCUACCAGCAAGUGUGGGGAAGAUGAUGAAGCUCGGAAAACCGAGUGACGUAUGGAGUCUGGGAUGCAUUCUCUACAAGAUGGUGUACGGCCAGCCUCCGUUUGCUAAAAUCGCCAAAUACUAUGAACGCAUCCUCGCCAUCCCCAAUCCCCACGUGAAGAUCGACUUCCCGGCAUUCGGCGUAGGAGGCGUCCCGGUACCCCCUGGACUGGUCCGAACGUUGAAGCGCUGUCUUCAGCGCGAUCAAACCUUGCGUCCAACCGUGGAAGAGCUUCUCGGCCAGCGCGAUCCAUUCCUCUACCCAGACGCGCAGCUCGAAGGCGCCGUCCCAGUCACACAGGACAUGCUGAACCGGAUCCUCGUGAACGUGGUCAACCACUGCCGCGUCCGCGGCAUCCCCAAGGACGAAGAACUAGCCGCAUGGCCCGCUGGAUUCUUCGCCAAGAUCAAAGCUGCACUAGAAGAAGGCAGCUAAGUUAACCAUCACCAACCUACACUGUCGACUGAACCAACCAACCUUUCCUAUGUUCCUGUGUGCCUUCCACGUCCUGAUACCAUACCUCUCCGAUGAACCCGGCGUUCCCAAGUCACCACCGUUAUAUCCUCGCCUUUUUCUUUUGUUCCGUACGACAGAUACCUGUUUCUUCACUUCUUGUUCCAUCUUGGAUCUAUACAUCCUUUUCCUCUUCUUCCACCACAACUAUUUUGGUUUAUGGAACACACCCGCUGGAAACAUGGUGUUGUCUUUAUUUUUGUCUUGAGUCGCGCUUCAGCCUGGGUGAUUGAUUGAUUGAGUCAUUGACCGAUUACGUGUUGUUUAUUGAUUGCAUUGGAAGCUGUGGGAUCCAGAAACAGCAUGGGUAUUUGGAGUUUG